AUGCUAGGCCAAGGGGCCACGGGAGGUGUUUACAGAGGGUGGCGUAUUGAUACGGGUGCUUCUGUCGCUGUGAAAACCUUCAAUACAGUAGGCCUCCAACGACCCAGCCAUGUGCACAAUCGAGAGUUUGACAUUCUCAGGGCAAUUAGCCACCCUAACAUUGUGCAAAUGUUUGCUGUCGAAGAGGAAGAGCGCUCAAAAGAAUCCGUCAUUGUCAUGGAACUUUGUACUGGAGGCUCUCUUUACAACGUUCUCGAAGAGCCAGAAUAUAUCUACGGCCUUCGUGAAGAGCACUUGCUGAAACUUAUUUCCGACGUAACUAACGGAAUGUCGUACUUACGGGAAAAGGAAAUUAUUCACCGGGAUAUCAAACCAGGAAACAUUCUACGCUCGGAUCGAUCUGCUUCAGCUUGCUGGAAACUAACGGACUUUGGUGCUGCUCGUCAACUAAAUCAGGAUGCUCAGUUCAUGUCCCUUUACGGAACAGAAGAAUACUUACAUCCUGAUAUGUAUCAACGGGCAGUUCUCCAAAAUAGGCAGGCCUCUGGCUGGGAUGCUACUGUUGACCUUUGGUCCUUAGCAGUUACAUUCUACCACGCAGCUACUGGACAGCUACCUUUCAGGCCAUUCAACGGUCCUCGUAAAAAUCCGCAAACAAUGGGAAGGAUGACGAAGGAAAGACCCGCAGGGGCAAUAAUGGCGGUUCAACAACAUUCGCCUACUGGAGAAAUUCAGUGGGGUCAUGAUCUACCCAAGACAUGUAGACUUGUUGGCAGAUUCCGAAAAUCUGUGUCGCAGUUGAUCGCUAGUUUGAUGGACGGGUGUUCUUUUGAUGACUAUUUUGUGCAAGCAGAAAGCAUUCAGGGGAUGAAGCAAGUGUAUGUGUUUGAGUGCGCCACCUCGAAACUUCUUCCAGUCUAUAUCCAACUUCCGGCUACCAUAUCCCAGCUCAAAGAAGCAACCAAGUCUGAGCUGCCUAAAGAUAAAAGUAAAGAAAAACUCGAUUUCUUUAUAUGGCGAGGGCAACUUCUCGGCAUGUCUAGCAUGAUACCAGAGGAAUCGCGCCUCGAUGAGCCAAUUAUUUCCCUGGGACUUAUCGAAAAGGGCCCACUUCAUUUGCCACAUACAGCCAAGCCGCCAAGUAUAAGCUCUUACCAGAGUGUGGAUCAGGAUACGCAACUGGCGCGACUUUGCUGUGGAACUCUUUUUGAUAUUGCCAGAACUGUGGAAUAUCUGACGCAAAUUGAAUCAGCAGCAGAUUUUGCCGCUAUUCAGGUCGACAGAGUGCGAGAUCAUGCACUUGUUCAACUGAAAGCCCUGCAAGAGAGCCUCCACCAAAAUCUCAACAGCUCAUCACAAAUAGUCGACACUCUCUCUGGUUUAAAUAUCUCCACAGCAUCUGUUCGGCGACUUACUGGCGAGGUCAGAAAGUUGCGUGAAGAAGCAUCAACUGUUUCAAAGCAAUACCAGCAGUUAGAAGAAGACAAACUCAAACUAAAGAGGAAUUUCUUGAGCCUACCGGAGGGCGUUCAUGUAAGAAUAUGUCAAGUUGCUGACCAAGCAAGCGAAAUCUAUACUGACAUGAAGAGAAGGCGUUCUGCAAGAACCUCAUCUCCUGCUGAGUUAGCAUGUCAUAAAGCGCAGCGUCUAAGACUCAAGAAAUUUUGUGCUGAGCUUGUCUCGAUUUUUGCCGAGAAAACAUUCCCUUUGAUGAAAAAGCGACACCAAUCAACUACUUCUUAUUUUCACCUUAUUCUGAAACAAUUGCGGCUUAUCGAGAUGAUAAAACAGUCCACGCUUCAACUCAAGAAAGACUGCCACUCGCUCCACGAUCUGAAUAAAGCAGCGAAAUCAGAAAGUCGAGAAGCUUUCUUGAAAAACUCCAAGGCCUCAAACUCUGAUCUAAAUGAAACUUCUUUGGGUCCUUUGACGAAUCUUGAUGCGGAGAACUUGACAAAUCUGCUGCAAAAUGAGCUUCCUACAAUAUAUCAAGGAAUUCAACGCAAUGAUAAUCUAAUCAAUGUCAUAAAGAACCUUCUCGUGCAAGAAAACGGCAAGCUUGAUCUUAAUCAAGCGAUUCUGAACAUUGCUCCAAACUAUUGA